UUCCCCCUCGUUACCGGUUUACUGUGGUCUCUCUUAUGGUUUUAAUAUUCUCACUCACCCGAUUGUAUUUCACGGCUUCAACCGUUCGAUUCCUUUCACUUCCAUUGUCGUCUCUAGUGUAGGUUCAACUGUCGACGUGUACGUAUUGUUUAAUUUGAAAGUUCUUUGCCACAAUCGUUUUAUUUUUAAACUUCGACGCAAGGGUCAAACCACUUUCUGCGGUGAUUGAUUACGCAUUAAAUUACGCCUGACAAUAAGACUGCGCGCUUGCAGAAGGGUGUACAAAAUGAUCAGAGUACUACAGAGCAGAAGCCUUCCGCUGGGAGCGAACACCGGUCCGCUGCUGCUGCGGAUGCUCACUUCCGGUGCUCCUGUAGGGAGCAUACUGCCAGCAUUGCCACUUCCCAAGCUGGAGGACACAAUGAACAAACUGCUGCGGACAAUUGAGCCCCAUGUGAACCAGGAAGGGUACGCGAAGAGUAAAUCCUCGAUCGAAAAGUUUAUGGCACCGGGUGGGGUGGGUGCGCAACUCCAAAAGCUCCUGGAGGAACGAGCUGCCAAGAAAAAGAAUUGGCUUUCGGAUUGGUGGCUGCAGUCCGCCUAUCUGGAGUAUCGCGAUCCUGUCAUCAUUUAUUCCAGCCCUGGGUUGGUGUUCCCGAAGUUGAGGUAUACCGACGUGGAUGGACAGCUGCAGUAUGCAGCUAAAAUCGUGUUCGGUGCGCUGCUGUACAAACGGAUGAUCGACCGGGGCCAGAUCAAGGCGGAAAUGAUGGGAAAGGCUCCACUGGACAUGUCGCAGUAUAAGAAGAUUUUCGGUACCUGCCGGGUGCCGGGAAAGCCGGCCGAUUCGCUGCUAUUUGCGCCGGAUUCGAGCCACAUUGUGGUUGCUUCUAAUAACCAGUAUUUCAAGGUUGAAGUCGGGAAUUCGGAUAAUAUUAUUGGCGAGGGGAAACUGUACGAACAGUUGAGACUGUGCUAUGAAAUGUCACGCCAGAAAACGGAACCCGUUGGGAUGUUCUCGGCGCUUCCGCGUGAUAAUUGGCACGAAGCGUACGGAGUUUUGUGUGCCGAUCCAACCAACCGAGAAACACUGAAAGCCAUCCAAAGCUCACUGUUUGUGCUGUCGUUGGAUUAUGAAAUAGGGAAUCCAUCCGGAGACGAAAUAGUCGACGCAUGCCACCUAUUGAUCCAUGGUGGUGGAUCGAGAGCAAAUUCUGGCAAUCGUUGGUACGAUAAAACACUGCAGCUUGUCGUGGGUCCAAAUGGGCUCAACGGUUUAACCUACGAGCAUUCUCCCGCCGAAGGGCAACCCAUCGCAGUUCUAACGGAUUUCAUCAUAAAUCACAUCGCCAAGGGCGACCAGGAGGGAUCCGUGCGGGAAGUACCGGCUCCGCAAAAAUUAAGCUUCAAUCUGUCGCACCAAGCACAAAGCUUGCUGCAGAAAGCCGCCGAAAGGCACGACAAACUGAUAAGCGAUCUGGACAUGAACUAUCUGCACUACACCGGUUACGGUAAAAAUUUCAUCAAAGCCCAGAAAAUGAGCCCCGACAGUUACAUCCAGAUGGCGAUCCAGUAUGCGUUCUACAAGCUUCAUCGCGUCCCGGGGGCGCACUACGAAUCGGCCCAGACGCGUAUGUACGAAGCCGGCCGAACGGAAACCAUUCGCUCGUGCUCCAACGAAUCGAUCGCGUUCGCUCGGGCAAUGAUGGACAGUGGUCUGGAUAAUGGGGGGAAAAUCGCAAAGCUACGAUCGGCCGUCGACGCCCACAAGGGUUAUGCUGCGAAGGCGGUGCAGGGCUUCGGUGUGGAUCGUCACUUGCUGGGGCUCAAGUUGAUCGCGAAGGAGCACAACAUCGGUCUGCCUGAGUUGUUUAAGGACGCCGGCUUGCUCACCAGCCAGCACAUGCGACUGUCCACCAGCCAGGUGGCCUCCAGAUACGACGCGUUCAUGUGUUACGGGCCGUUGACGGCGGAUGGUUACGGUUGUUGUUACAAUCCGAAGGACAACGAUAUGUGGUUCGGUGUCUCGUCGUUCAAGUCGAACCAGAUUACGGAUUCGAAAAUGUUUAGGAACUGUCUGCAGCAGGCGCUGGACGAGAUGUUUGAGGUGCUCAGUAAGGGAGCCAAGCCGGCUAGCAAGCUGUGAGAGUUGGAUUUUGUAUGUUUUAGUAUCAGUUACUGUUACUGUUGUGAUAGACGAGAUUGUAUCGUAAUGAUGAAAGGUGAUGGUUCCUUGAAAUAUACAUUGUUUUAUUUGAGAUAAAUUUCA